CCAGCCGCCAGCAGCCAGGCGGGCGGGCGGGCGUCUGGGCGGAAAGGCGCAGCCCCGCACCGGGAAGGGGAAGCCGGGCGCGCGGCGGGCCAGCCGGCCAACUUCCUGCGCGGCUCCUGCCCUCCCUGCCGAGACAUGUCGGAAGGUCCCGACCUGGUUUGCAUCAAGCAGGAAAGGAUUUCGUAUACACCGCCUGUGAGCCCCGUAGAUGACUACCCUUCCUCGUCACCGCUCCAUGUCCCAGUGCCUCGAGCCACCAGGAUGGAGGAGGAGAGCCACAGACUCCCAGCCCACUUGCGUUUGCAACCCGUUUACUGGAGCAGGGACGACGUGGCUCAGUGGCUGAAGUGGGCGGAGAAGGAAUUCUCCCUCAGACCCAUCGACAGCAAUACCUUUGAGAUGAAUGGCAAAGCUCUCUUGCUACUGACCAAAGAGGACUUCCGAUACAGGUCUCCACAUUCUGGUGAUGUGUUAUAUGAGCUUCUUCAGCACAUCUUGAAGCAAAGAAAUUCCCAUGUGCUGUUUUCUCCCUUCUUCCACCCUGGGAAUUCUGUUCAUGCUCCACCAGAUGUCAUGCUACAUCAGAACCACGAUGAAGACACCUUUAUCCCAAGACCUUCAAGACAGUCAACAGACUCGAUCCAUCACAAUCCACCUACCAUUGAACUCUUGCAUCGCUCCAGAUCACCCCUCAGUGCCAAUCACAGGCCUUCACCAGAAUCUGAGCAGCGGUCCUUGAAAUCCCCCUUGGAGAACACUAUUCGUCGCCUCUCACCAGCCGACAGGCUCUUGGGCACACGGCACCAACAGGAGAACAAUCACCAAGAGUCUUACCCUCUCUCAGUGUCUCCAGUUGAGAGUAAUCAUUGUCCAACCCCUUCAGAAGCGCUUCAGAAGCCUUCGAGUCCCCGCCAGGAAAAUACUAGGGUCAUUCAGUUGAUGCCCAGCCCAAUAAUGCACCCUUUGAUACUGAAUCCCCGGCACUCUGUUGACUUCAAAGCCUCGAGGUUGUCUGAAGAUGGGCUGCACAGAGAGGUGAAGCCGAUCAACUUGUCCCACCGUGAAGAGUUAGCAUUCAUGAACCACAUCAUGGUGUCCGUCUCGCCCCCUGAAGAGCAUGCAAUGCCAAUUGGGAGAAUCGCAGACUGCAGACUCCUUUGGGAUUAUGUCUACCAGUUGCUCUCCGACAGCCGGUACGAAAAUUUCAUCCGAUGGGAGGACAGAGAAUCCAAAAUAUUUCGGAUAGUGGACCCCAAUGGGCUGGCCCGGCUAUGGGGAAACCAUAAGAACAGAACAAAUAUGACCUACGAGAAAAUGUCUCGUGCCCUGCGCCACUACUACAAACUAAAUAUUAUCAGAAAGGAGCCAGGACAAAGACUUUUGUUCAGGUUCAUGAAGACGCCAGAUGAGAUUAUGAGUGGCCGCACAGACCGCUUAGAGCAUCUGGAAUCUCAGGAACUGGAUGAGCAGAUCUACCAGGAAGAUGAGUGCUGAGGAUCCAGUCCACUUACUUCACUCUGGUCUGUGGAGAAACGGUUUCUGGAGACCCAUGGGGACGGGAAAUAGGGCUCCAGGACUUGGCUUUUACCUUGGACUGUGCAGGGCCUCCAAGCACCUUAGCAAACAAAUCUAUUGGCAAGGGUGGUGUUGGCAACAGCAUUUGGGUGAGAGGGGAAAAUGCAGCACUCUCACGUGGCUUUUAGGGCCUGUCUCGCCUUGGUAUGAUUUUCAUUUUGUUUUCGGUUGGUCAGUUUGGGAUAUAUAUAUAUAUAUAUAUAUAAUUUUUUUUCCUAAUUAACCCGUCCAAUUAAUAAUAUUUGGGCUUUUUUAUUCCUUUUGUAGAGCAGGAUGUCAGGGGGCUGCGUAUUCUGAAUGCUUUCCUAUGGAAAUAUAGCACAACUGUGGUCAGUGCAGAUUCUCACAAGAGCCCUCUGUAGGAAAACAAAGGGUUGGGCAAGAGGCAUCAGAGAGAACCUCCAGGUGCCUAAAUUGCUUGUACCCGCCGUCGUGACAGAGAUCAAAGAACGUGGACUGCAAUCCAGGGUUUAAGGAAUGCAGAGAAGCCUUUCUGGUGGCCCAGGGGGAGGAGGGUGCCAUCGUUGUUUGCGGAGCGCUGAUGAGCCUUGGAAGUGUCAGCUACUUCUCAAAGCACAUGGACUUUAUCCAAGCAACUGAGCGUUGUGGACAUGAGAAAUGAAUAGGAGAAACUCCGGUAGAACGCAGGAGGUUUCUCCAGGAUUUGCCAGCUCAAGAAAGGGUUAAAUGGAAGCCACAUUGAUGGGGUGGAAUUCUUGCUCCAUUGUUACCAAGGCAUUUCAACCACAAGGCGGAGGAGUGUGUAGGGAGUGAGUUUGUUUUCAGUGCUGGCUUCUCCUCUCGUAUGUGGGGAAAAUAGUUGGUCCUCAAAAGAGAAGGAAGGAUUUAGGAUUCCCAAAAUGGCGGCUAUAAUUGCCCCAGGAAUGGCCUUCACGGCUCUGAGAGGUUGAAUUGAAUCUCUGGGCUGAUCUUUGCCUCGUUCCCUUUGCUUCUGCUUUGAAGAUUUCUAGUCAUCUUCCUCAGGUGGAUAUGAAUACCGAGGACUAGUUUUAUUAUGUUUCAGUGUUCUAGAUUCUUGCAGUGACAGAUGAGCUUCGUAGCCUUAAGAGGAGAUUUGUAUGUGCCUUUUGUUGGUAGGAAGGCUUUGUUCUGUCAAACUCAGACACUUUGUUCUAGGUUGAAGUCAUCCCUGUUUCUGUACCACAAAUGAUGUUAUUCCUUGUUGGGUUCAGAGGUUCAUUUGUCAUGGCAAAAGGCUGGCUAUAUAAGAGCGUCUGUUCUUUAUAAAAGCCACGGACAGAUUAUACAAAUCUUACAUUAAAGAAGUCAAAAUUC